AGAGGCCAAAGCAAAGGAAACCCCACUGGUGAGUGGUGAGUGGUGAGUGGUGAUUUUGUAUGUCUGCUUCCGUUGCGUUGCGUGUCGUUUACAUGAAUCACAAAUUAACAGAUGGCUUGUUCCCACCUGCGAAUCCAUUGCCCAUUCCGAGUUCUGAGUGCCUUCAAAUAUUAUCAUACAUCAGACAUAUGGCCACGCCACCCUUCAUUCACGCGCGCUGUGCCUACUCGCCUAGAAUUUCCAAUCGCAACAGCAAGGGAGCCUCACAACAACCCCAUUUAGCUUCUUCCUCCUCACCCUCCACUUUUACUUUCUCUAUCUCUUCUGGUACAAACAGUGGACAGAGACACCAGGGCCUUAGAGCUCAAGCUAUGAGUUCUGUCACUCUUGGAAAUUCUAUUGCUAGCAUAGGGAAUUUGAAGAACGACCCUGAUCAUCUCCUUGUUCUUGUUCAUGGUAUCUUAGGUAGCACAGGGGAUUGGACUUAUGCAGAAGCAGAGUUGAAAAGGCGCCUUGGAAAAAACUUUUUAAUUUAUGUAAGUUCAUCAAAUACGUACACUAAGACAUUUUCUGGGAUUGAUGGAGCUGGAAAGCGAUUAGCUGAUGAAGUCUUGCAAGUUGUUAAAAAGACAAAGAACCUGAAAAGAAUCUCCUUUCUAGCCCAUUCUCUGGGAGGCUUGUUCGCUAGAUAUGCAAUUGCUGUUCUUUAUUCACUUGAUACCUAUAGUAGGGACCAACCAGGUAAUCUAGCAAACAGCGUGACAGGAAAUUCCCAGGGAACAAGCCUUUCAAGAGGAGGGAUGAUUGCUGGGUUAGAGCCAAUCAAUUUUAUAACUUUAGCUACACCACAUCUUGGUGUGAGAGGAAAGAAGCAGCUUCCAUUUCUGUUGGGUGUCCCAAUCCUAGAAAAGCUUGCUGCACCUAUAGCUCCUUUUUUUGUUGGUCAGACAGGUAGUCAGUUGUUCCUUACUGAUGGUAAACCUGACAAACCACCUCUCCUAUUGAGAAUGGCUUCUGAUUCUGAUGAUGGAAAGUUUUUAUCUGCACUUGGAGCAUUUACAUGUCGCAUCAUUUAUGCAAAUGUUUCAUAUGAUCAUAUGGUUGGGUGGCGCACAUCCUCUAUAAGGAGGGAAACUGAGCUCAGUAAGGUGAAUAUGAUGAUUUCUCCAAUUGGAUUGUCUUAUUUUUUGUUGGUUACUGAUCUCCAAUAUUCAACAAAUCCUCCUCGAAAAUCUUUAGAUGGAUACAAGCACGUGGUUGAUGUGGAAUAUUGUCCCCCAGUUCCUUCUGAUGGGCCUAAAUUUCCUCCAAAAGCAGUAAAAGCAAAGAAGGCAGCACAAAAUGCGCCAAAUACACAGAAUACUGUAGAAUAUCAUGAAAUUGUAGAAGAUGAGAUGAUUCAGGGAUUACAGCAGUUGGGAUGGAAAAAAGUUGAUGUCAGCUUUCACUCAGCAUUCUGGCCUUUCUUUGCUCAUAACAACAUUCAUGUGAAAAAUGAAUGGCUUCACAAUGCUGGUGUAGGAGUAAUUGCUCAUGUGGCCGACAGCUUAAGACAGCAAGAAGCAUCAUCAAUUUUGCCUGCUAACUUGUAACUAGUGUACUAGUAUGUAAUUCCACUUUGCCUGGGCAUGCCUAAUACUGUGUUUCAUUUAGAUAAUGAAAAUAGAGAUGAAAAUUAAAGAAUUUUUUUUGAAUUAAAGUAAAGUGUAAAUGAAUGGAUUCCACAUGGGACCCAUCAAAUUUCUCUCCUCCCUCCCUAAACCUAACACAGCCUAACUACACAAUACAAGAUGAGAAAACAUUCUUUUAUUACAGUAGUCAUUAAUAUAAUUACAAUAUUUUAUUAUUAA